AUGUCUCAAUUCUGCUUGUUCCUUCAUGUAUUGCUAUUCCUCGAUUUCUCUCUCGCCUCGUCAUUCAGCUCUAGCCACGAUGGAGUCCUUCAGCCAGAUCCCCCCAAUGGCCACUGGGUCGACACGUGGACCGCCAUGCCUCAGCUCACCGAGUUCUCCAAUCUGCAUCCUUCCCCCUUCAACCAAACGAACCUCGUCUUCUUCAACUCCACAAUCCGUCAAACCUUCCACGUAACAACUCCAUCCUCACAGAUCCGCAUCCGUCUCUCCAACGCCUUCGGCCUGACAGACCUCCCAAUAACCUCCAUGACCAUCGCCAUACCCACGGCACCAGCAGGCCAGAACCUCACAGGAUCGAGCUUCAUCAACGCCACCACCCUACAGCAAGUGACGUUCUCGGGGAAUCGUAGCAUCACAAUCUCUCCCGGCGCGCUGGCAGUCUCGGACCCCCUCGCCUUUCCCAUCGAAACGAACCAGAUCCUGUCCACAUCCAUCUACCUGGCGACAGGCCAAGCAACGCAAUACAUAACCUCGCACCCAGGCUCACGAACGUCCUCCUACAUCUCUUCCGGCGAUUUCACCACCAGCCCGAACAUCACCUCCCCAUUCACCCAAGAGGUCUUCCACUGGUACUUCCUCUCCGCCCUCGAAGCCUGGCAACCACCCUCCUACUCCACCAUAGCCCUCAUAGGCGACAGCAUCACCGACGGCCGCGCCAGCGACAACAACGGCAACAACCGCUGGCCAGACCUCCUCUUCGACCGUCUCCAGCAAGAAAAGGCUCCUCUCCUCCGCACAAUUGCCAUCUCAAACCAAGCAGCCGGCGGCAACCGCGUCUUGGAAGACGGCCUAGGACCCAGCGCCAUCUCGCGCCUCGAUCGCGACGUCCUCGCGCACGCCGGCGUGAAGUACGCCCUCGUCUUCGAAGGCGUCAACGACAUCGGCGAUGCGGACGCCACGGUCGCCAAUCAAACCCUCACGGGCGAUAGGUUGAUCCAGGCAAAACAGCAGAUCGUCACGAGGAUUCACGACAGAGGUAUCCCUGUGUUGGGGGCGACGAUUACGCCUUUUGGGUGUGUGAAUACGACACUGCAGCCAUAUUCGGAUCCUUUGAGGGAGGCUACGAGGGUGAGGGUUAAUGGGUGGAUUAGGGAGAAUGUUGGGAGGAGAGUUAGGGAUGAGAGGAAUGCGACGAUGUUGGAUCCGAGGUUUGAUUCUGGUGAUUGCUUGCAUCCGAAUGUGGCAGGGUACCUGGCAAUGGCAGAUGCGUUCCCGGUGGAGGUGUUUGAAGGGUUUCGGGGUGGUGUGAGCACGUUCAUGUAG